AUACAGUCAGUGUAUGUGAUGGAGGAAGACUCAGUCACUUUACAAACUUUUGUUACUAAAAUACAUGAAGACGACGACAUACUGUGGAUAUUUGGAGCUGAAACAUUCCUCAUAGCUAAAAUCAGCAUUGAGAACCAAAUCUUCUCCACAUAUGAUGGUCCUGAUGGGAGAUUCAGAGACAGACUGAAGGUGGAUCAUCAAACUGGAUCUCUGACCAUCACAAACAUCACAACUCAACACGCUGGAGAUUAUAAACUAGAGAUAAAUGGAAUGAAACGGUCAUCAAAAACAUUCAGCGUUUCUGUCUACGCUCCUCUACCUGCUCCUGACAUUACCAGAGAUUGUUCAUCAUCAUCAUCAUCAUCAUCAUCUUCAUCAUCAUCGUCAUCAUCAUAUUGUUCAUUGUUGUGUUCAGUGGUGAAUGUGAGUCAUGUGACUCUCUCCUGGUACAAAGGAAACAGUUUAUUGUCCAGCAUCAGUGUGUCUGAUCUCAGCAUCAGUCUCUCUCUACCUCUGGAGGUGGAAUAUCAGGAUAAAAACACCUACAGCUGUGUGCUCAACAAUCCCAUCAGCAACCAGACUCAGCACCUCAACAUUACUGAACUCUGUCGGCCAUGUUCAGGUAUGUCGGUGUUGGGCCUACCAUUAUUUUACAUAGUGCUGAUUCCUUCUGCUGCUGGAUCUCUGUUGAUUGUAGUUUCAGUCGUGAUCUUCUGCAUCUGCAGGAAAUGUAGAAAAACAGCCCAGACCCAAGAGGAAGACAGAAUUGAUUCAGCAUUGUGUAAACCAAAAACACGAAAAACGAAAUCAAAGACUGACGCUGUGUAUGAAAAUGUCCCCAAAAAGCGAUGA